ACUGAGAGAGUCCGCUUUGCUCUUUCAAUCGCCUUUUAUCUCGGGUCCUGAGACCUUUGCCUAUUUUCUGAUUGAUAGGCUUCGUUUUGUCCCAGCUUCCCCUUUUUCAUAUCUUCAUCUUCCCUCUACUCAGAUUGUGAAGAUGGAAAGGGUCCAGCCCCUGGAAGAGAAUGUGGGAAAUGCAGCCAGGCCAAGAUUCGAGAAGAACAAGCUAUUGCUGGUGGCCUCUGUAAUUCAGGGGCUGGGGCUGCUCCUGUGCCUCACCUACAUCUGCCUGCACUUCUCUGCUCUUCAGGUACCACAUCAGUAUCCUCGAAUUCAAAGUAUCAAAGUACAAUUUACUGAAUAUAAGAAGGAGAAAGGUUUCAUCCUCAUAUCCCAAAAGGAGGAUGAAAUGAUGAAGGUGCAAAACAACUCAAUCGUCAUCAACUGUGAUGGGUUUUAUCUCAUCUCCCUGAAGGGCUACUUCUCCCAGAACAUCAGCAUCAGCCUGCAUUACCAGGAGCAUGAGGAGCCCCUCUUUCAACUGAAAAAGGUCAGGUCUGUCAACUCCUUGAUGGUGGCCUCUCUGACUUACAAAGACAAAGUCUACUUGAAUGUGACUACUGACAAUACCUCCCCGGAUGACUUCUAUGUGAAUGGUGGAGAACUGAUUCUUAUCCAUCAAAAUCCUGGUGAAUACUGUGUUCCCUGAGGGCCUGACAGCAACAUCUAAAACCAGGCACCAGCAUGAACACCAAGUUGGGGGUGGACAGGACACGGAUUCUUCAUUGCAAAUGAAGGAGCCUCCCAGCUCAGCCAUGCGGGAUGUGAAAAGAAGCAGAUCCUGGUCCUACUGCCCCCACCCUCAGGGAUAUUUAAAAUUUAUUUUAUAUACCACUUCAUCUUAUUUAUCCUUAUAUUUCCUAAACUGCCUAGCCCUCACGCCCCAAGAUUGCCUUGAGCCUACUAGGCACCUUUGUGAGAAAGGAAAAAUAGAUGCCUCUUCUUCAAGAUGCAUUGUUUCUAUUGGUCAGGCAAUUGUCAUAAUAAACUUAUUGAAAACGGCACCUGAUUACCAUUUGCUGGAAAUUUGACAUGUGUGGGGCAUUACCAAAAUGAAGAGGAGCAAGGAGUGAAGGAGCGGGGUUAUGAAUCUGCCAAAGGUGGUGUGAACCAACCCCUGGAAGCCAAAGCGGCCUCUCCAAGGUUAAAUUGGUUGCAGUUUGCGUGCUGCCUAAAUAUAAACUUUCUCAUUUGGUGGGGGUUCAAAAGAAGAAUCAGCUUGUGAAAAAUCAGGACUUGAAGAGAGCCGUCUAAGAAAUAUCAUGUGCUUUUGUUUCUUUACCAUUUUGCUUUCUCAGCCUCCAAACAUAGUUAAUAGAAAUUUCCCUUCGAAGAACUAUCUGGGGAUGUGAUGCUAUGAAAAGUCACUUAAUCGGUGACUUAAGAUUUUCUUCUAUACAGGGAGAGUAAGAUAAUUUAUUGUGUAGGGUUAGCUUUACUGUAUAGGAUAGCAGGGAACUGCACCUCUCAGGGUAAAAGUUAGUAAGGAUUUUAACUGUCUGGGGAGGAAAACAUAUUCUUUGCCACAGAUAGGCAAAGCAACACAUGCUCAUCCUCCUCCCUAUGCUGAGACACGCACUCAGCGCCAUGUAUCGUACACACAUGCACAUUGCUGGUUUCAAGAAAUGAGGCAAUUCUAUUACCAAAUUCAAUUUGAUGUCAAAUAGCAUGAAGAAGUUAUUGUGCCUUAUGAAAAAUAAUGAUCUCUGUCUAGAAAUACCAUAGAUCAUAGAUAGUCUCACACUGAUAAUUGAAACUAAAAGGAUCUGUAAUUAGCCAAUGCCAAUGGAAUAGGAUCUCCUUAUAUUUAGUUGAAAUGUCCCCUUGAUAUAAUGUGUCAUGCUUAUGGCGCUGUGGAUAAUAUGAUUUUUCAUGUCAAGUUUCCAGAUAAUUUGUAACUUCUCUGUGCCAAAACUUUUAUAAACUUAAAGUUUUGAGAUAUAUAUUUUAAAAUUGUAGCAAAUGUUUCCUUGACACUUUAAAUAGAGGACACAACAUAUCACAGAAUCUUUCUGGAUGAUCCUGUGUUAUUAAGGAAUUGUACUAUGCUACAAUUAUCUCCAGAAUCUCCGGAAACAUGGAGGGCUGUUUGCCCUACACUAAAUGGUCUCAGUUGGAGUUUUUUUCUGUGUGUUUGAUACCAGUUUUUUAUUUCCUCUUAAGUAUCUAUCUUCAACUGUAUUCCCAUUCCUCCAUUUUAAUCUGUUAUGAAGGAAGGUAAAUAAAAAUGCUAAAUAGAAGAAAUUGUAUGUAAACUAAGAGUAAUCAAUUUCUGAGUGGCUGCCAAGACACUCACAGAAUCAUAAUCAGAGCUAAACAUUUAUGGAGGGCCUACUGUGGACCAGGCACUGGGCCAAAUACUUACAGUUACAAGAAUCGUUCUGAGACAGAUAUUCAGUGAUAUCUGUCUUCACUAUUCAGAAGAUCUGUGUGUGUAUAUGUGUGUACUUUGCUUUUUGUUAUUGAUGUUCUGCAUAAUUGCAGUUACUCAGUGAGUGAUAUCUGGAAAAGUAAAUGUUUAUGACUAUAGGUAAUAUUUAAGAAAACGUCAGAGAUUACUACAAAGAGCUCUACUCACAUAAACCAGUAAAC